AUGCAACAAAUUUUAACAGAAGAGGGGUAUUAGAGACUUGAAAUAGAGGCUUCAAGAUACAACGAUAUAUGUACCAUCCUAAAGAAAUUAAAAGAAAAUGGUUUUUUUAAAGCACUUUAUGAUCUUAUCUUUUGCGUUUUCGCAAGUGAGCAUGACUUUACUGUCAAGAUGCUUACUUAAAUGCAAAAGUAAAAGAAAGGAGAAGGUUUCAAAUUCAAUGAACUUUACAGAAUCAAUUCUGGCAUUUUUUGCAGCAAUUUCUAAUUAAUAAAUAAAAUUAUUAUUGAUGAUAUUUUUAUGCAGUUCACUUCAAAAGUCUGUUCUCAGAUUGAAGAUUUUGAAGAUUAAAAGCAUUAGCAUUAAGGCGAGAAUAGUUUCCAUAGCAAGCUCUCUCCUCAUAACUUACAGCAACCUGCUAACUAGUUUGGAUAAUCUCAUUAAACCUCUGGUUUCCUUGCUUAAAAUGUGUCUAAUCAAGAAGGUAUUUCACAGUAGCUGUAGCAAGCUUCUACAAAUAUGGAAAUAAACAAUUUAAACUAAAACUUGAACUAUAUCAUGCAAUUUCACCCUGAAAUAGAUGUAGCAAUUUAGCAAAUGUAAAAGAAGACAACCCCAAGGACAAGCUCUCAUCACUCAACUAGCAAAGCUUAAAUUUAGCUACAGGAUGGUACUUAAGCAACUUUUAAUCCCUAAUCAACUAAAAGUUAAAACAAGUCCCACUCACACUCAGUUUAGGAAAUUUAUAAUAAGCAUGAACCUUUAAAUCAAUACUAAAAUGAAUAGGUGAUGAAUUAAAGUGUAAAUGGAAUAAAAAAUAACCACACAGCUUCGUAAUAACAGUUAUAAAAUUAGAGUAUCACUGCACUUUAACAGCAAUAACCUAGAUUCUAUCAACAAAACUUGCUUUAAAAUGCUACCAAAUAUUCUCACAGUCCUCCUAAUCGCUCACCAGCUCUCCACAAUACAAAUUCUUAAAUUAGAGUUAAUAGCUUAUAAAAUAGUGUGCAAUUGAAUCCUUCAAAUAACAAUUAAUAAAGCGGUUAAUUCAAUAUUUAAUAGUUUAACAGCACUGCUUCUUAGUAAAAUGCAAUAAUGAACAACUCUAAUUAUUCUUCAUCAGGACGUUAAAAUCAAGUGAAUAGCUACAUGUAAACUUCUCCAGGAGGGGAUACAAUAGUCAGUAAUUUCAUGAAUAAUAAUAAAGUGUAUCUUCCAUACAGUGAGUUCUCUUACACAAAAGGAGGUACUUUUUCCAAAAGCUAAAGAAAGUUACAUGAUAUUCAAAAUAAUCCAGGUGUUGGCUAGUAUGAGUCAGGACAUAAAAAAUCUUCUAGCAGUGUUCCAUUUAACAAACAAGAAAAGAAAACUAUUUUUGAAAAGAAGAGUGACUACUAAGGUACUUUGUAUUAUACUUCUCAUCAUUUUGUAGCAAAAUCUCCUUAAGCAUCAUCUGUGUCAAUAAAGUAGUGA